UAGGCAAUACUCCUGAUUAUGACAAUCACCUGCUUAGCAAUACAGUAUUGAUUUACGAUGCGAAACUGAAAGAAAUACAUUCUAUUCUGUCUGGUAUUUGUUAAGGUGGUAAAAAUGACUGGUGGAAGUAACUUGGUGGUGCCGAUGGUGCUAUGGGGAAGGAAUGCCCCGACCCACUGCAUUUCUACAAUACUCAUGACACCUGACCAGAGAAACAUUGUCACUGGCUGCAAUGAUGGACAGAUUGCUAUCUGGGAUGUCACAAAAACAUGGGAGAUCUACCCCCGUAGUAUGCUGUUUGGACACACGUCAGCCAUCAGCUGUUUAGCCCUCGGUAGCUCUCGUCCAAAUCUACCUUAUAUUGUCAGUGCUUCAGAGAAUGGGGAGAUGUGUCUGUGGGACAUCACUGAUGGUCGAUGUGUAGAAUGUACAAAGAUGUCUUUUAUUCAUUCCAACAUGCAGGCUUAUCAAUUUAGAAAGGAUGUUCGACUUGUGUGUAAUGGCUACUACCCAGAGAUUUUGAUUAUCGACCCUUUAACGUUUGAGAAGAUCUACUCACUGUCUUCCAAAGUUGCUCCUGACUGGAUCAGUGCCUGUUGUGUCCUUAGACCAGUGAAGAGACAAGAUGAUGUCAUUGUUGCGAUAUCUAACUCUGGAGCAGUCAAGGUUUGGAGUCUGAUGGGAACUGAGAGUAGGACCCAGCCUGUAUAUGAGGAUGAAUCUAAACAGAUCAAAUGUCUGAAUGCCCAGACUCUAGCUUGUUGUCCAUUCAACCAGAGGACAGUUCUGAUAGUCUGCUCUAAGUACUGGCAGGUCUAUAGUUACGAUGUGAGAACUUGUUGCAGUCAAAAGUAUGGCGGGAUAUAUGAUGCAGGAGACUUCACAAACCUGUGUUCCGAGUCUAACAGGUGUGGGGAGAGGUGGUCUGGAGGGGACUUUGUUAGUGUUGACAAAGUCAUUGUGUGGAGUAAUGAAGGCAAAGGAUACCUGUACAAAUUACCUACCAACCUACUGAGGGGCAAGGUGCUCACCAGUGCCACGCCUGACAGCCCUGACUACCACCGUCAGAGUCACCAGCCGUCAUCGCCGCACGCCUACUAUAUACUGGAUAUGUACUCGGAGCUGUCUAUGGCUUGUGCUCCUGCCAUGACUUUUCACCAAGGCCAAGAGGAGAAUCCCACUCAACUCCUCAUCCGAGGUGACUCAGAAGGUCAGCUGGUUGCCUGGACACUGCCCACAGUGACAGAACGACAAAUGACGUUGGUUAGACAGGAGAGUUUUGACCGUCUCCCUGCCUUGCCUCCACGGUGCAGCACAACACUACAGGAAGUGUGGGACAGUCUCUACCAGCCUCCUUCUGGUAUCAUAGAUGGAUUGUGUGACGAGGAAGGGAGACCACUCCAUAUCACAUCGACUAUCUACAUACCAUCACAAGGGAAGGUAGCAUGUGGAAGGGAAGAUGGUAGUAUUGUCAUCGCACCUGCUACCCAAAGCAUAAUCACCCAGCUUCUCGACUUUAAGAUUGACAAAGAUGACAUUCCCACUCGUAUACUCAGGGGACAUGAUGGCCGUGUGACAUGCCUGUUAUACCCGUUUAACGACAGUUCACGAUACGAACCAAAUCACCUUCUGUCAGGCGGGGCUGAUUUCUCUGUUAUGCUGUGGGACAUGUACUCUGGAUUGAAGCUGCAUACUUUUACAGUACAUGGAGGGGAGAUAACUCAGCUCAUUGUUCCACCUUGUACCUGUAAUACAAGAAUUUUGUCGUCUAUAUGCUCUGUGGCAAGUGACCAUUCCGUAACUCUCCUGAGUUUGAAGGAGAGGAAAUGUAUCAUGCUUGCUGGUCGCCACCUGUUUCCUGUACAGACCAUAAAGUGGCGCCCCCUGGAUGACUUUAUGGUUGUGAGCUGUUCAGAUGGCACUGUGUAUGUCUGGCAGAUGGAAACAGGACAUCUGGACAGAGUAGUACAUGGCAUAACAGCGGAGGAAAUUCUCAACAAUUGUGAUGAACAUGCUGCUCCUACAGACCAACUGAUCAACCCCAAUCUUACUUUAGCUCAGGCCAUCAAACGUCGUAAUCUCUUAACGUUUAAAAACCUUGCCCAACAGAAACUACAACAACAGAUGGUUCAACAACAACAGGCACAAGGGGCCCGCUGUGACAUGGUCAAACCCCAGUCUUACCCUAUGUAUAUACAGGGCGUGAGGACCAACACCCGUAAUCCUGAUGCCCACAUCAUCUUCUUUGAUACAGAGUCUCUCAUUGUCCAGCUGCUUACUGACGAAUAUGCCCUGAUGUCGCCAGGAGAGCUUGAGGCAAAAGGUUUUUUCUCAACUGGACCGACAGAUGCCCCUAGUGGGGACAUAAGUGAAGCCCAGGCCAAAAUAGCAGGUAUGGUGGCAAAGAUCAAAGAGAAAGCAGACAGUGUGGGACAGAAGAUUCAGGCCAAGGUAGACCCAUCGGGAAUGAGUUCCUCUCCUACAGGAAGUGCCCGGGGAUCGCCAAGUCUGGGACGAAGGGGCUCGCCAAAAAUAAAUAUUUCAGGACAAACAGACUCCAAUCUGACAAUGGAGAUAGCUCAGUUAUUUAUGUCGUGUCUCCAUGCCUGGGGCCUUGACCCCGACCUUGACAAGUUGUGUAUUAACAAACUGGGCCUAUUGAAGCCUCGUUGUCCUAUAUCAUUUGGACUAAUAUCACGAAGUGGCCAUAUGUCCCUUAUGCUGCCAGGCUGGCAUAAGAAAGUCUGCCAUGAAGAAAUGGGCAUCCCUGAACCUCAAAAAUCAGCCAGGCAUAUCAGAGGAAAGGGUAAGGUGACAUUGAAACAGCAGGCAAGAUCGGCUACAUAUAGUGAAAUGGAACGUAAUCUGUUAAGUGGUGAUUAUACAACAGAUAGUGACAUUGAGAAUGAUCAUGGUCCCUUGUCCAAGCGGUCGUCCGAUGGUGCCAUUUUAGGGAAGGAGAGUUUCCAACAUCAGGAGAUGAAGAUAUUUUCCAGUAAGGCUCGGUGGCAGAUUUCCAGCGGAGUGACCACACAGCACCUUCUCAGUGUUAUAUCCACUGCCAACACACUGAUGAGUAUGAGUCAUGCUACAUUUGCCACAAAACGCAUCAUCAAAAAACAUCCCAAAGGAACCAAGUUUGGGAUCCACAAAGGAUUAUUAGUUGCGGAGGACAAUAGUUCAGAAACUGGUAGUGAGGAUGAGUCAGACAUGGCUAUGAUGCAGCAGUCACAAAUCAAGCAGGGCUGGAGUCUUCUCGCAGCACUUCACUGUGUUCUCCUCCCGGAGAUGGUCGGUUCCUCCAGUAUACAACCUCCACAGCUCGAGAUGCUGGCAAGGCGCUGGCAGGACAGGUGUUUAGAGAUUCGUGAGGCAGCCCAGGCCCUGUUACUGGCAGAGCUGCGUCGGAUUGGGCCGGAAGGAAGGAAGGAGGUGGUGGAUAUAUGGUCUCCUUACCUUCCUACCUAUGUGGACCAGAAUGUCAGUCUCAUGUCCAGCGACGGCUCACGAGCAGAGGAAGAGGAAGAGGAUUUUGAUGAUGAAGAUCCAAUGGUUACAGGUGACUUUCCUGUCAAUAAGACAUCAACCUCAUUUGAGAGUCGCAGGAAGCAGGCCACAGCUAUUGUUAUGCUAGGCGUGGUGGGAGCUGAAUUUGGACACGAGAUGGAACCUUCACGACGUAAAAAUGAAGAUAUCAAGAAAUCUAGAAAAGUAUCGUCAGCCACCAACCAGGAUGGCUUCACCCUAACCAACUAUUCUUUGUCCAGACAUACAAGUAAGGCAUUGAUGUUCCUGCUGCAGCAGCCCCCAAGUCGUCGAUUGCCUGCACACACGCCCAUCAGACGUGCGUCUGUGGACCUCCUAGGACGGGGCUUCACUGUGUGGGAGCCAUAUCUGGAUGUAUCGGCAGUACUGAUGGGUCUGUUGGAGCUGUGUUCAGAUGCUGAGAGACUGGUGCCACACAGUAUGACUUAUGGCUUACCUUUGACCCCAACUGCCGAUGCAUGUAGGAGCGCACGCCACGCCCUGUCUCUCAUCGCCACAGCGAGACCACCAGCCUUUAUUAUCACUAUAGCAAAGGAGGUGGCACGCUACAAUGCAUUGGCUCAGACUGCUCAGUCCCAACACUCCAACAUCCACAAUAAUGUGUUGGUGAAGAGUAAACAGGAAAUACUGAGGGUGAUAGAACUCCUGGUGGAGAAGAUGCCAAACGAUGUGGCUGAUCAUCUAGUGGAGGUGAUGGAUGUCACCAUGCACUGCCUUGAUCCAAGCCAGCUCAAGUCUAAAGGCCUGAUGGAUCUGUUCCCUGCCAUCUGCCGCUUCAGCAUGGUAACAGUGUGUCCAGUCAGUAAGAGAAUCUGGGUUGGAGCCAAAAAUGGGGGAUUGGCUUUCUACGACCUCAAACAACAUUCAAAAUGUCAGAUGACAACUGCCCACUCUGGUCCAGUGGUAGCAGCAUGUGUAUCUCCUGAUGGCAAGUACCUGGCCACAUACUCCCACAUAGACAACAGGCUCAAGUUCUGGCAGACGGCAUCCUCAUCCUUAUUUGGGAUUGGGUCUCAGCAGACAAAAUGUGUAAAAUCAGCACCGACUCCUCCUUGUCCAGUGACCAACCUCACCAAUCUGUUGAAGCUGGUUCGCCUAGUCUGGGUUGAUCCUAGAACAGUGAUCAUGCUGACCGUGGACGGUAGUGAACACAGAUACAGUGUCUAAGGAGUGGGACUGAAUAUCUACUUAGUGCAUAUACCAGCUAGGUCCAUAUUACAGUGCUGGUCAAGUCACAAUGGACAUGGGACAUUCACAGUAGCUUAAAGUUUAUACUUUACACUGUACACUGUAAUAAAGGUUCACCUUGUACUGGUCAAGUCACUGUCGACCUGGACAUACAGUAUACUACAGGUAAACCAUGUACUGGUCAAGUCACUGUCGACCUGGACAUACAGUAUACUACAGGUAAACCAUGUACUGGUCAAGUAACUGUCGACCUGGACAUACAGUAUACUACAGGUAAACCAUGUAGUGGUCAAGUCACUGUGGACCUGGACAUACAGUACACUACAGGUAAACCAUGUAUUGGUCAAGUCACUUUGGACCUGGACAUACAGUACACUACAGGUAAACCAUGUACUGGUCAAGUCACUGUGGACCUGGACAUACAGCAUACUACAGGUAAACCAUGCACUGGUCAAGUUACUGCGGACCUGGACAUACAGUAUACAACAGGUAAACCAUGUACUGGUCAAGUCAUUGAGGACCUGGACAUACAGUAUACUACAGGUAAACCAUGUACUGGUCAAGUCACAGGGACCUUGGUGCUGGUAAAGUCACAGUAGAACUGGGACAUACUGUAUACUGCGGGUAAACUAUGUACUGGUCAAGUCACAGGGACCUUGGACAUGCAGUAUAUUGCAGGUUCACCUUAUAAUAAUGUUAACAAUUGUGCAAACCUGUACACUGUAUUACAGGUACACCAUAUAAUGGUCAAGUCUCAGACAUCCUGGAGUGGACACUCUGACAUACAAUAUGUUGCAGUAGUGUUACAGGUAUACCAUGCAUAUGUCAAGUCCUGAUCAGCCUGGAUUUGACCCUCAGAUAAACUAGAUUCAUCAGUGGUAAACCUUAAUAUGAAUGUACUGGUCGCCUCUAUGUAUCUCAUUAUCAUGAGUAGACAUAACAUUCAUUAAUGCUUCCAUUCAUUGUGUGCUCAUUCAUCCGAAGGGAAUUAGUUGUAUAUUGAGGCACAUACCUGUAUAUGAUAUUGACCACAAUUGACCAAUCUUAAAAAAAGACUGAAGGGACCCCAUUACCCAUAUUUUUACGCGCAUUUAGAGCUUCCAUUUCCUGUAUGGUUCUGAGAAUUGAAGAGUGGCUAAUUAUAAUGAUAUUACUCGGAAAACUGAUGGGCAUUUAGUGGCAUGAAAUUGUGUAUGUUUGAUAUCAUUAUUGUCUAAAUUCAAAUGUCCCAAACAUUAGUUGUUUUGAAAGAAAUGAAAUCAUUUGUGAUUCAUUGAUAAUUAUCCAUUAUUUAUUGUUAAUGAUACAUUCACAUAUAUUAUAUAUCAUUUAAUGGCAUUCUGUGAUCAUAACAUUCCAAAUGUGUGUGCCUGUGUGCUAUACAAUGUUUUACAAUUUCUUCAUUUCAUUGGAGUACCUACUGAACGUAAGUUCCAUGGAAAACUUAUCAUUGGUGCUUCAUCCGUUGUCUAUUGUCCCUCAUUAUAUCUAUGUAUACAUAAUUCAAACUACUUCACAGAAUUCUAUUGCAAUAAUACUUCCUGUGUUUGAGGAGAGGAGUCAAAUGGAAUCGUGUUGAAUUAUUUCUUAAAUGAAAUCUUCUCUCAGACUUUUGGCUCAUUUUAAACCAAGUUGUAGUUGUAUCAAUGUUAUCUAAAGAUUAUCAAUUUUAUCUUCAAAUGAAGGAUAUGAUCGUUCUGUAGUCUGAUGAAUGUGGUCAAAUGAACAACUUAUCAUCAGAAAGAACUCAGCAGCAUUCAACAAAAUUACAGUUGUACUUGCCAAAGACAAUGAGUAUCAGAAUUAAAACAAAAAGUUUAAGUGGCUUACUUAAAUGUUUCUGAGAAAUUUCCUAACUUUUGUUCAUAUCUUUAAUGUCCUUCUUACCAGGUGAAUGAUACAGGAUCCUUGGGCCUCUUCUUUUAAACUGUUUAUGUGUCUACACUUCCCUAUCGUGAUAUCCAGAUAAAUUAUUAUAGUGUAUAUUGUACAUACAAAAUCUAGUAUUCAUGUUUGUUUUAUUUGAUAUUGACCAGAGGAUAUAUUUCACUGAAUUACAAAUUGUUCCUGUGAUAUUGCCAGAGUUAUCUCCCUUUAAAAAAUGUAAGCGAUGACCAAUGGUUUUAAAUGCAAAUUAAUUUGGGUUAUCUUUCACGUGUUCUGGUGUGAAAUGUUGUUGACCAAUCCAAAUCCACAUUUCUGUCACCAUUUUUACUAUAUUUUAAAAAGUAUAAUUGGGACCGAGUAAUGGAAGAUAGAUAAUCUGAUCAAACUGAAUCCUUACAUGGCUUCAGUAACAACAUACUAUCCAAACAUAGAACAUAGUAAACAAAGCCGUGUAAUAUCUAGCUCAAGUGCUUUAUAUUUGAUGACAAAAGUUUCAGCAUGUUAUGAAGGCAAUAUUUAUUUGCAAUAUUGAUAGAUAUAUUUUCUUUCUUCAAUUGAAGAAGAAAUAUUUGGUUGGAUUCCCACCCACUGUCAUAUAUAUCUGAUGGAUAUACACACUCCAAACUUGUAUAUCCAUUCACCUUUUUGAAGAAAUAUGAGCUGCAUUGCCAAGACAUAUACUGUAUUCAACCUAAUAAGCACAGUGUGCACUUACAAAAACAUAAGAGAAGUGCGUUUAAUGAAAUAAUGUAGUGAUUUUUAUGUUUUGAACAAUUAGGAGACUGUAACAUCAUUUGAUUUAUGUAUUUAUUACACGGAUCCUUUUUAUUUGAAAGAACACGAGAGGAAAAAAUAAAUCUGACGGCUUGACAGCAGAGAAUACUACCAUGGUAAAGCGGUCCGUGACAUUAUUAUACACUGUGAUGAGGCUUAUGUUGUUAUGAAAAAUGAAUUCAAUUUUCGUUAAUACUUUCAAGCAUAUUGAAUGUAAAUAUUUUAUUGAGGUUGUUAUUGUAUAUUAUGAAUAUUAAAUUACCAAGCAGAGUGCAAUACCAUAUACAUGUUGUAUAAGAUUGUUGUAUAUAGCUGAAAUCUAGUCAAUAACCUUGUAAAUGUUUCACAAAUAUACAUUUGCUGAAAAUUUUAAGAGUGAAAUAAAUAGUGCAACAGCAAAAAA